AUGGCUCCUCGGAUACAGAGCCGGCGUUUGUCCAAUGCCCUCCUCCCCUAUCUCACAUCCUCUCAAUCCUCCUCUACAUCUUCCAUCUCAUCCACAUGCCCUUCAUCAAAACUGUUCUCCCGCCAGUUCUCCUCGACCGCGGCUUCACAGACCAGGCUGCGCCGGCAUAUGUUCCAAUGGCUCUCUACCGAGGGAGCUGCGUUGAAGCACCACAUCCCUGGCGAGACCAACUAUCUGCCUAGCCGGCCAGACCGCGAUGGAAACUCCAAUGAGUCGUCACGACCCUUCCCCGGUAACCGGAACUUUGUUAGCGAGAGCGUUCUUAGCGAGGACCUGCGGAAUGAGGUUUACGUCCGGGUUGUCGAGAAGAAGAAGAGCUUGCGUGCUGUCAGUGUCGAGCUUGGUAUCGAUAUGAAGCGUAUUGCGGCUGUAGUGCGCUUAGUGGAGAUGGAGAGGAGACAACGCGCCCAGGGCAAACCCCUCUCACUGCCAUAUGCUCGUGCGGUUCACGAAAUGAUCCCGACCACGGCCCUCGCCCAGGAAGGCGAACGUCAACCCUACCACGAACCUAUUAAUGAUCUUCCCGCCCACCCUUCCACCGGCGCCCAGAUCUUCUACCCCGUGCCCGAAUCACGAUCCUUCACUCGAGUUGAUGCCGGUCGCGUCUUCUCCGGUGCGCCAACACUGGAAAAGGCCGUUGCCGACAAGAUCUCCCACCCCUCUGAUCUGGUCGACGAGAUCAUUGAAAACCCCAACUCGAUUGAGUGGGUUGGCAAGGGCGAGAAGGCCCGACAGGUCCUUCAACCCGCGGACGUGCGUAUCCCGCACCCGCAGUUGAUCAAGCUGGAGAUUGACCGCAAGGCGUUCCCCAACGAACGUCGUGCUGUUACGCAGCGUCACGCCGAGCGCCUCGAGAAGCAGGAGGCGGCCGAGCAGCAGCGUCGCGAGCGUGCCCAGGCUCGCCGUGAGAAGAGCAUUCAACACGUCGAGCCUGAGGGUAGCCGGUUCGACUACCGCAUCCAGGAUGCCAAGUUCACCAGGGAGACUGUCGGUGCUGACGGUCGUGCUCCUUGGGCUCCUGGCCGCCGAUACGGUGUGCCGGCCGACGAUCGCAAGCGCGGUAUGGUCAAGAUUCCUACUCGCGUGGAGGCUUGA